GCACAAUACGCACUAUUAAGUAUUUCACAUAUUAAGUGAAAUACUUGUUAUUUUUUUAUCGUGUUGUCAUUACACAAAGCUGACCAUUGUCUGAUAUAUCCUUAAUAGAGUAUUAUGUUGGUUAUCUGUCCGCAUACCUUCGCACAUCCACUAAAAUAACAACUCUGUUAGGCACCUGGAUAAGGUUAAUUAUUAUGCUUGGCCGAAACAAUGUCUAAAACAAAUUUUGUUAUCGGACACACACACAUCGAACAGUGUUCCUUAUCGGCCAAACACAUUAAUUGUCCAAACCUGUUCACCAGCAUAUUUCGCACUUAUCUGAGGCCGAUUAGAGCUUGUCACCAUGACGUAACCCAGUUAACGCUUAUCUAGUUAUAUUGUUUUUAACGAUUUUACCCGUUGUGGUGGUAUCGUUGAGAAAAAAAUUCCUCGGUGCCAACACGCGCACACGUUUAGCAGCGUUUGUAGAUGACCAAUCUAUAGGCGUGCGCGACGCAUUUUUAAACGGCACAGCGUUAAUAAUUAUAACAAAUAUUGUUAUUAUUGUAAUUUCCAUAAUUAAUUAACAUGAAUUAAACGUCGUUGUGGGUGACCUUUGACCGGACGGUACCAUCGGUGAUACGGUUUCGCACUGUUUUAGUUACUUCAGAUAAAGCCGUGACAAAGCUCUGCUCGAGACGGCCUUUGAUCCAAACGACCGAUAACCGACUUAUUUACAUCUGAUUUGUUUAUCCCCUCCGGUGCAUUCCGUUUCGACUAAAACACGUGUACACCGUACGAAAUUUAAUACCAAUAAUUUUGUUUUCCGUCCAAAACAACGUCAAUCGCGUACCACUGUUUUUUGAACGCGGUAGAUUUCUCAAUCCUUUUGGGAUACACAGCAAACCGUCGAAGUGACCGCGAUAAUUAACGUGUACUGAUAAUAUUAUUGUAUUGUAGUUGUCGAUAUGCGAACGCCAUCCAAGUGUUGUUGCCGUAGAUAACUAGUGACAACAGCUGGUGCCAUCAUCUCUUGGACGUGUGUGAUCGACGGGCGAUGAAGUCAUGUUUCAAUGUUCACCUAAUAGUACGGCGGCCGCGCAGAACGUUCUCGACGCUCAAAACAACUAUCACCGACGUUACCAUCACGACCGUUUAGUGUAUGUACCUUCAGCAAAACCCAGUAUGUUUGGUUUGAGUCACCAAUAUUCGGCCCCACCCCCACCAGCUCCUCCACCGGUUACGGUACCGGCAUCGGUUGGACACUCGUGGCAGAACACAUCGGUGGGUCAUCAUCAGAGUUCUUACCAUGCGACAGUCGUUACCUCCGGCUCGCCGGUCAACAGCAGUCAUCAGCAAAACAUCACGACCAGCGGCGUGUCAUCAUCUUGCACGCCGUUCUACCAGAGUGCAUCAAUGAUGUGGCCAAAUCCUGCAUUUCAAACGCAUCAUUAUGAUACGGGCAUGGAAUUGCAGAUUGGAGACGGCCGAGAAUGUGUCAACUGUGGUGCCAUAUCUACGCCUCUGUGGCGCCGUGAUGGAACUGGCCACUAUCUUUGCAAUGCCUGUGGCUUAUACCAUAAGAUGAAUGGCAUGAACAGGCCUUUAGUAAAACCUGCCAAGCGUUUAGUCGCAUUCGAAACUGCAUCAAGUAGACGUUUGGGUUUAUCUUGCACUAAUUGCGGUACUCGAAUGACCACUUUAUGGAGGAGAAACAAUGAUGGCGAGCCGGUGUGCAACGCUUGUGGUUUAUAUUAUAAACUUCAUGGUGUUAAUAGGCCACUUACAAUGAGAAAAGAUGGUAUACAGACGAGAAAACGGAAACCAAAAAAGCAGUCUUCAUCUUCGGCAUCUACCAGCUCCUCUGCCGCGGACAGACCUAUUGACGCUAUCGAACUAUUAAUAAACAAACAUCCUAUGCCAAUAACAGAAGUAAAACCAGAGCAUUACGAAUCGGCAGCAGUGGCUGCAGCCGCCGCAGCAGAACAUUUUAUUUUUUCCGGAUCGACAGGGGGCUUACAUCAUCAUCCCCAAUUAAGUGGUUUCAGUUUCCCACCUCCUCAGACUCCAGUCAGUGCUCACAACUACCAACAUCUACUAAAUGGUCACACCAACAACAAACUGAUGGCUUCUUAAACAUAUAUGCUAAAUUACAUUGGCAUUUCACUUAACAUGAAUGCACAAGAAAAUGAGAUUAGCUGUAUAUAAUAAUGAUACUUUUUAACAUGAUAUAUAUUAGUGUUAUUUUGUUAUCUAUAAGUUAUAUUUAGGGUGAUCAAAUCAACAUUUUUUAAGGACAAAUUUAAUAUUUUUUUUUAUGUGUAAAUUAAAAAUAUAUAUGUUAUAUCCAGUUACGGUUGCUUGUAAAUUUGAAUAGCUCUCUUGUUAUGAAUUUUAUUUUUUUUGAAGACUUUUAUGUGUUUUAGAGACAAUAUAACUUUCAGCUAGUAAUUUUUUGGCAAAUAUUAAUGUUUCACCCUAUAGUGCCGUCUAGUCAUCAUGAUAUAUUAUUAUCUUGUAUACAAUUUGUACUUUUUUCUUCUGUUCUACAUGUCUUUAUUUUAUUAUUUCAUUUUAGAAGCGUUAUAAUACAAAGCUUAUAUGCAUA